AUGACAUCAUGUACACAAAAUCAAAAUCCAUUUCUACAUGCCAAUAUAUGGUCGCGAUGCUUUCACAGCUGGAUAGCUCAUUUGCUGACAAAAAAUCACAAACACGGUACACUUCAUCUUACUGAUCUGUACGAUCUUCUACCGGAAUUUGAAUCUACAAAAUUGACGGAUAAACUUGAAGCAAAUUGGUUUGAUGAAAUCAAACAAUAUCCACAAGAGCCAAGUCUUAUUCGAGCUACAUUACGCACUAUGGGAUGGAAACCACUUCUCGUCGGUUGUCUACUUAUCCCAACUGAUGGACCAUUCUCACUAAAAAAUAUUACGUUCAAUGCUCGUCCAGGUGAUUUAAUUUGUAUUAUUGGUCCUGUCGGAGCGGGCAAGGAUUUUGCUCAAUUACCAUAUGGGGCAAAUACUCUUGUUGGCGAUCAAGGUGUCAUGCUAUCGGGAGGUCAAAAAGCACGUGUCAAUUUGGCACGAGCACUUUAUCGUGAUGCAGACAUCUAUCUAUUGGAUGAUCCUCUAUCUGCUGUGGAUGUCAAAGUAUCAAAACAUCUCUUUGAAAAAUCGAUUAAGAGCUGUCUUGGCCAUAAUAUCUGUUUUCUGGCUACACAUCAAGUACAAUUCUUGCGAUAUGCGACGACAAUUAUUAUUCUUGAUAAUAUGGGUACAUAUGCACAAUUACUUGAUUCUUCAUCAUUGUUCGCUAGCCUUCUCAAAGAAACUCAUCAGCAACAACAAAAUCAAUCAGCUAAUCUUGAAAAACAAUCUUCGAUUGAAGAUUCAAAUUUAAUAGAAAAACAAGACACAGAAACAAUCUCAUCAUUACCACCGACAAAUAUCGAGAUGAAACAAGAAGGAACAAUCAAAUGGCGAGUAUAUGUCUCAUAUUUACAAGCUAGUGUUAGCCUUCCUAUUGCUUUACUUCUUAUUGUACUUCUGUUUUUUGCUCAACAAACAACAGCUUUAUUUAGUACUUGGUGGUUAGCAAAAUUAAAUGAUGAUGAAAGUUAUCGAUAUCAGAUUUUUAAGAAUUGCACGACUAUGAAUAUUCAUAAGAGUAAUACAAUGCGGUUAAUGAAUGAUUAUGAAUGGAAAGAACAUCGAAAUCGAGAAUUCUAUACUUAUUGUCUGACAUUAGUUUGUUGGCUAAAUCCAUGGUCACUCAUACCAGCUGUCAUGGCUGGUAGUGUCAUGAUACUGUUACGUAAUUGUUUUUCUCGAUGUUCACGUGAUUUGAAACGACUUGAAAGCUUGACACGUAGUCCUAUCUAUUCACAUUUGACAUCGACUAUUCAAGGACUUAAAGUUAUUCGAUCUUAUCGUGCAGAAGCCAUGUGUUUAGCAGAAUUUCAUUCUCAUCUUGAUAAUAAUAUACGUGCCGAGUAUUUACAUACUACAGUAAAUCAAUGGGCAACAAUUCGUUUCGAUUGGAUUGCACUUAUCUUUAUAACUUGUAUCACAUUUCUUGUUGUAAUUGUACGAAUCGCUCAAUAUCAUUUUACAGUGGCCGAUAUUGCUCUAACACUUUCCUUUAGUCUUAAUCUCACAGGUCUUCUCCAAUGGAUGAUCAGACAAUCUGUAGAAGUCGAGACACAAAUGACAGCUGUAGAACGUGUACUCGAAUAUUGUUCACUCGAGCAAGAACCAUUUACUCAAGUAUCAUUCAAUUGUUGUCCACCGAUAAAUUGGCCAUCGCAUGGACGAAUUAUAUUUGAUAAUGUAUCCAUGUCUCAUUCAACAGAUGAACAUUCACCGCUUGUUUUACAAAACAUUUCGAUGACGAUCGAUGCUGGCGAGAAAGUGGGCAUUGUUGGAAGAACAGGUGCUGGCAAAACUUCUUUCAUUCAAACACUUUUCCGAAUAGGCACUUUAAUCAAUGGUCGCAUCAUAAUCGAUAACAUUGAUAUUGCUUCUGUGGGAUUGAAUGACGUACGACAUAGAAUCUCGAUCAUUCCACAAGAUCCCGUUCUUUUCAUAGGCACAAUAAGAAGUAAUCUUGAUCCAUUUGAUCGUUAUUCAGACACUGAAAUAUGGCGUGCGUUGGAAGAGGUCAUUAUUUAGUCUAUAUCUGAAAUGGCAGUGUGAAUUUCUUAUUGUUACAGGUACAAUUGAAGACAUUAGUGACGAAAGGCAUGUCGAAAGGACUUCACUCUGUAGUGAGUGAGAAUGGCUCUAAUUUGAGUGCCGGUCAAAAGCAGCUCGUAUGCUUGGCGCGAGCUAUUUUGAAGAAAAGCAAAAUACUUGUUAUUGAUGAAGCUACUGCUAAUGUUGAUCAUAUGUGAGUGGAAAAUUUUCAUAGAAAUAAAGUAAUCAGAAUAUUAUUAUUUAGAACGGACGAGCUAAUACAACGAGUCAUCCGUGAUAAAUUCAGACAAUGCACAAUUCUUACUGUGGCUCAUCGUUUGCGUACAGUGAUCGAUAGUGAUCGUAUUAUGGUAAUCGUAUAUCUAAUUCCAUUCUUUUUCUUUAUAUAUAUAUUACUCGUUACUGAAGGUACUUGACAAUGGAAAGUUGCUAGAAUUUGAUACACCCAAAAUGCUACUAUCCAAUCCUAAUUCUCAUUUUCUUUCGCUUGUCGAACAGAUGGAAUCUGCUGAAGUAGAACAUCUUAUAACACUAGCAAAUGCUGCCACAACAAACAGGAAAUCGAAAGUACAAAGAAACGAUAUUGGCAAGAAACUACUGUCAGAUUCCAACGAAAACGAUCCUCUUAUCUUCUAGAUGUCAUCUGUUAUAAUAUAAUAGCUCGAUCAAUGAUUAUUUUACACUAAUUUUUUUCUCCAGUUUUAUCAUUCAACUAAAUAAACAAGAUGUAACGUUAAGGGUUUGUGUGAAUUUGUAUUUUAUGUUUAAUCAGAAGAGAAAGCAUGUAAAGAACUACAUAUUAAAAUAUAAACAUUCAACAGGACUCUGCUAUACGGUUUCAAUCGCCAAACUACCAAAAAAUAGAAGAAAAAGAUAAAAAGAAAAUGAAAGAAGGAAGAUAACCAAGAUAAGAAAAUAACUCGAAGUAUUUGUUGAUUAACAUGCUAACAUUCGAAUACAUUUGUGUGUGGGUGUGGGUGUGGGUGUGGGUGUGGGUAUGGCUGGGUGUGGGGUGGGUGUGGGUGUGGAUGUGGGUGUGGGUGUGGG